AUGACGAGGUCUAAGAGUUCCUACGGUGAAUUCGCUAAGGAAUUAUCACUUCUCAUUGAUGAAUUGACCGUCCGAUUGAAAACCCUUGAAGAGCGAUUCCGGGAUCUCGAUGGCAAGAUCGAAUCAAAGGCUACGGAGUAUGACACCAAGGUGGCGGAGUUACGCAUCGGUUUGACGGGUGAAUUCACAGCGUUGACAGAAAGGUUGGUAGGUCUUUUUGGAGAUUUCAAAGCAAUAUCUGACAAGAAACAUGAAGAAAAUGAGACAAGGUUUCGAAAUGAUCUGGAGAAGAAAUUGCUGGAGUUGAUUAAGAUUUUGGAAAAUCGCAAUCAGGAUAAGGCUCCAAUUCUUGAAUCAAUUCCGCCGGCAAUUCCAGUGGACAAGAGGCCACCGCUAAUUCCGAUCAAUCCAGAUCCGUCAAAGGCUCCGCUCAAAUCAUGGUUAGAGAAAGGAGUUUUAACUCCAGUGGUCCAAUUAAUACCAGUGAGGAGAGAUUUUGUCCAGACAACAGCCACUCAUGUCAACACUGUGCGUGAGGGGAGAGAAACAGGGUCACGCGCCAAUGAGUUGUUUCUUGGAGGUCAAUCUAGUUGUAAUACACAUGGAGGCUACCCAAAUUACCAGUGGUAUCGACAACCUCGCUUAGAUUUGCCAACCUUGGAAGGCAACAACCCCGAGGAGUCGCUGAGGAAAUGCCGGAAGUAUUUCUUGCUUCAUCGCAUUUCAGAAGCUGAAAAAGUGGAAGUAGUGGAACUCUUCCUUGAUGCGAAGGCCGACACUUGGUUUCAAGGAAUCAAGUCCAUUCACGCUAACCUUACUUAG